AUGUCGGAGCGAACUGCCGAGACCUCGCAGAGGCUGGGACACGGCGCCCAGCAUGCGGCGAUUCUACUGCAGAAGGAGAAUCUCAAGAUGAAGUACGAGAACAACGAGCAGGAGCAGAGGAUUACACGGCUGACAACACAGGCGAAGAAGCUUGAAGAAGAGAUCAAAGUGAAGGAAAAGAAGCAAGGAGCCGCGCCUCGAGUCGGGAAGGGCGACAGAAAGAGUGUGAUGGCUGAGCUGGAGGAGAAGAUCCGAGCUGUGGAGAAGAAGAAUGAGGGGAUGAAACGCACGAUUCUCCUCACUCUUCAUUCCUCCGACGGCGGGAGGGCGGGAGGGAGGGGGAGCAGGGGGGAGAGAGGCAGCCCGUCUGUGCGGUUCGACUCGAAGCCCUCGCUGUUGGAUGGAGUGAGUGAUGAGGAGCAGAGGAAGGUGAUUGAUACUCUCAGGGUGGAGCUCGAACACUGCACACAGAGGUUGCAUGCGAUCCGAAGCAGCUUGUCAGGUUCCUCCACCGCUGCAAUGAUGAAAGAGAAAGAGAACUUGGUUUCUUCCCUAGAGGAAGUGAAGCAGAAGGGAAAGGAGGUAGCGGCCAAGGUCACGAUCCUAGAGAGCAGGCAGGAGAGAACGAUCGCGGCGUUCAAGGAUGAGCAGGAUAAGCACGACAAGAUGGUGGAGGAGCUGGAGGAGCUAAAGUCACAGCUGCGGGAGCAGCAGGAUGCUGUGCAGCUCCUAUGGCGCGAGAAGAAUCUCUUGGAACUGCAGGUGUCAGAUGCCGGAGCGAUGGAGAAGGGGCUGGAGGAAGUGAGGAGGGAGGUGGCGAAGCUGGAGGAGGAGAAUGAGCAGCUGCGAUCGAGAGCGUUCAACGCAGGAUCGGUCAAG